AUGGCAGAAAAUGGCAUGGUGUUAGGUGAUAACCCAUCCGGGGAUACAGCGGAAAUGACGAGAAAUGACUUAAACAAGGGCGAUGCAGCCGUGAGCUGGUGGAUUAACAAUUGUAAGACGACAACGAGAAUCACUGUUCUCGGAUCAGAUAAAUGGCUGAAGGCGACUGGCUACAAAAACUUACUCACAGCAGAUGACAAAAAUAAAAAUAACGGCUGCGCCGUUCUGACGGAGCAUACAGAGGAGCGCUGA